AUGCCCGCCCGCUUUAUCAUCGACUCGGAUGGCUCUACAAUCCGCGAGACGCGUGAACAGAGCGAGCUCCCCACCCGCCCACGAAAGCGCCAACGACGAGACUCCUGGGAGUAUGUUGGCGGGUACAGCGACAGCGAUGAGCAGCGGGCAGAGCUUCCGGGGCCGGUUGAAGAUGAUGUGGAGUUCUAUCGAGAGAACGACAGCGAGGCAGACUGUGUGGUCAGGGUGGGCCUUGUAAGAUUCAAGGUCAAAUCUGCAUUGCUGGCGGACAUUUCCCUCGUCCUUCGUGACAUAUUGGAGGAGCAUCCAGCUGGACAAGUCCUUGUUCUGGUUGCGGACCCAGACGAAUUCCGUGUGCUGUGUUGGGCGAUAUAUGCGGAUCCCAGUGAAGUUAUCGAACCGCCUCAAGACCAUGAAUCUAUAUCGCGACUUCUACAACUCGCAGCCAUUUCACGCCAAUUCCAAUGUACCCCUCUGUUAGCCGCCAUUAAAACUACCCUUCUCACCGCUGUCUCCAACCCAUCGUUUGCCGCGAGCUUUUCCUCUCCCCUCUUCGCCCGUUUGGUCGAGACGGCCAUCUCCAUCAAGCACGAUGCCCUUUUGGAUGUUACUAUCGCCGCAUGGGCCUCCCGUAUUCGUGUCGGAGAGGCGCCUUGCAUUCCUGCCAUUAUCGCCGCAGACACCCACGAGCUGCCCUCACUCCGGGGUAUUGCCUAUUAUCACCAUGUACAAACGAUGGUUGCGGAACAAGGCACCAACCAGCGCGGCGCGACCACUUUCCAGACAGAGCAGCUCGUCAAGCUCAGCAACGGACAGGUUACGCGUGUGCUUUCAGGGCAUUGGUCGCUCGUCAGCCUUUGCGAACAGCUGAAGCGGACCGCGCUCCCUUUUUUGGCUGGCCCGGACUGUACCCGGGGAUGCACCAAAGUCUGGGUGGAGAGAUGGAGUGUCGCUGCCAUGUCGGAAAAGAGUUUCCGUAUCAGGGCGGCCGCGCUGUUGACGCUACUUGAGACGAUGCAGCAGCUAAUGAAAGCCGACAAGGAGGUCAAGCAGGGGAUGUGUGGGGAGUGCCGAAAGUCGGCGAUUGCUGCGCUGGAGAAACGAGCGAAGGAGCUGGAGGAGGGGCUGGCUGACCAUUUCUUUGGGUGUCUCUGA